AUGUACGUGGAUUUCAUGGAGCAAUACUUGGACCUCAACCAUAUGAAGCCGGCUCCCCUGUCGACUAUUGGAUCUCUACAGCGAACCUGCUACCUUCCUCACCACGGGGUCCUGCGCGAAAGCAGUGCCUCUACUAAGUUGAGAGUGGUCUUCAACGGUUCGAGCUCUUUGGCCAACGGCGACUGUCUCAACCGAUUCCUGAUGACGGGACCCAACCUGCUUCCCGCCCUAGCUGACAUCCUACUACGGUGGAGAAGGCACCGGUUCGUCUUUGCUACCGACUUUGAAAAAAUGUACCGGCAAAUCCUGGUGCAUGCCGAUGAUCAGAGCCUGCAAAGAAUAUUGUGGAGGAAGGACUCGGAGACAGAGAUCAAGGAAUAUUGGCUGACUACUGUGACUUACGGUUUAGCCUGCGCUCCAUACUUGGCCAUCCGCACGCUGCAUCAGCUCGCCGUGGACGAAGGCGAUCGUCAUCCUGAGGGAGCCGCGGUCCUCCGCUCCGACGUUUACAUGGACGACAUCCUGUCUGGAGCUUCUACCCUCCAGGAAGCCAAGGAAAUCCUCCGACAGCUUGUUCUGGUCUGCAAGGUGGGAGGCUUCCCUCUGAAAAAAUGGUCAGCUAAUCACCCGCAGUUACUUUCGACAUUACCUACCGAGGACUGCCUCCAGCAAGAGGCAAGAUGGUGGCUGCCUGGGGAAAGUCAUGCCACCCUGGGAUUACGGUGGCAACCUUGCGACGACCUCUUCUCCUUCGCCACCAGCCAACCAACGCUGCCCACGAUCACUAAGCGGUCAGUCUUAUCGUUGACAGCGAAGCUGUUUGAUCCGCUCGGUUGGCUGUCUCCCACGACUGUUCUCGCCAAGACUCUAAUCCAGUCUACUUGGUUGCUCGGCAUCGACUGGGACACUCCUCUUCCGGACGACCAUGAGAAGGCCUGGUUACGCUUCCAAGCGGAGCUCCCUCAACUAGAGAGACUGCACGUUUCUCGAUGGCUGGGCGGAGGAUCGACUGACUGCCGCCUGGAAGUCCACGGAUUCGCUGACGCCUCAGUCCGUGCCUACGCCGCUGUGGUGUACCUAAAAACCGAGAAGAACGGGGAGUAUGGAGUUACGCUGAUUGCCGCCAAGACGAAAGUUGCUCCGCUAAAACAAAUCUCCUUACCUCGGCUCGAAUUAUCAGCCGCAACUCUUCUGGUCCGCCUCGUUCAGCAAACGCUGCCUCUCAUCGGAGCUGAAAAGGCGCCUCUUCAUCUCUGGUCAGACUCCACAGUGGUUCUCGGCUGGAUCCGUGGACAUCCUUCUUCCUGGGUCACAUUCGUUGCCAACCGGGUCAGCGAAAUUCAGACGUCGCUCCCCGACGCCCUUUGGCAUCAUGUCCCUGGACGCGAAAACCCGGCCGACUGCGCCUCUCGAGGCAUCUUCCCUGGAGAUCUUGAGGCGCAUCCACUUUGGUGGCAGGGUCCCUCUUGGCUGAAAACGGAGAGCGGCCCUUGGACUGUCUUCGGAGAGGAUCCCAGCAACGUCGAGUCCGUUCGCACGCUGCAGUCUUGGACAAGCGAGGAGACGAACCGGAGCUGCUACUCCGAUACUCGUCCCUGCAGCGACUACUUCGCAUCACCGCCUGGUGUCUCCGGUGGUUUCGACAACGCCGACGGCAGCCCAUCCUUCUCAAUCGCGACGGCGGGGUAG